UUGCUGCUGCGCGAGGUCUGGAGGCGCCUCCGCGGGCAGCCCCGCGGGGAGCAGGACGCGCGGGGCACUAACCCACUGCGUGUCCCGGCAGCGAGCCGAGCCGCAGCCGACGCGCGGGGGCGCUCCGAGAGGCCCCAGUCCGCUGCCGCCUCCAGGAUCAGCGGCAUCAGCCUCCAGGAAGCUCAGCAGAUCCUCAACGUUUCUAACCUCAACGCGGAGGAAAUUCAGAAGAACUACAACCACUUGUUCAAGGUGAACGACAAGUCGGUGGGAGGCUCCUUCUACCUGCAGUCAAAGGUGGUGAGAGCCAAGGAGCGGCUAGACGAGGAGCUCCGCAUCCAGGCACAGAGCGAGAAGGAGAAGGGCUGGAAGGCUGAGACGUGACUCCGGCCAUCCCUGUCCCCCGCUUUCUGCACCCAUAAGUUAUAGGUAGCCAAUAAAUGUCGCGUCCUGCA